AUCACGUGGGGCAAGAGGCGGGAAGGGCCCUGUGGGCCCGGGAGCCUGUCUUUCGCUCUGUGCAAGCGGCGAUGGAGAAGUUUGCCAGCCCGGGCAAAGGCAACGGCUUGCGCUCCUCGAAGGCGGUGAAGCCGGGAGAGCUGCUGUACCGCGCGGAUCCCUUCGCUUACACCGUCAGCAAGAAGCGCCUGGGAGGCGUGUGCGAGCGCUGCCUGCGCAGGAAGGAUCGACUGCUUAGGUGUUCUCAGUGCAAAGUUGCAAGAUACUGUGAUGUACGUUGCCAGAAAGAAGCUUGGCAGGACCACAAACGGGAAUGCAAGUGUAUUAAGAGCAUUGAGCCUAACUUCCCCCCAGACUCAGUGAGGCUUGUUGGAAGGAUCAUUUUCAAACUAUUAAGACAAUCAACAUGUCCGUCUGAAGAGCUCUACUCUCUUUCUGAUCUUCAGUCAAAUUUUGACAAGUUAAGUGAAGAAAUGAAAGAUGGUCUUGGGCACCUUGCAAGGACUCUGCAGUUGUAUCUGAAAGUGGAGAUCAAAGAAGCUUCUCAGCUGCCACCUGCUCUAGAUAUUUUUCAGACCUUCGCAAAAGUGACCUGCAACUGUUUCAGCAUUAGCAAUGGAGAGAUGCAGAAUGUUGGUGUUGGCCUUUAUCCCAGCAUGUCUUUGCUGAACAACAGUUGUGAUCCCAACUGCGUGAUAGUCUUUGAGGGUCCCCGGCUCCACCUCCGCUCCAUCCGGGACAUUGAGAUGGGUGAAGAGCUCACCAUCAGCUAUAUUGAAACAAUGAUGCCUACUUCUGAUCGUCAGCAGCACCUGAAGCGCCAAUAUUGUUUUGAAUGUGACUGCCUUAUGUGCCAUUCACAAAGCAAGCAGGAUGCUGACAUGUUGGCAGGUGAUGAGCAGGCCUGGAAAGAAGCCAAAGAAGCUAUAAAUAAAAUCGGAGCUCCAAAGUCACAAGAAGAAUGGGAGCAGGCUCUUGUGACAUGCCAGACGUUACUAAAGAACAAUGCCACUCGUCUCCCAGACACAAACAUUUACCAGCUGAAAGUACUUGACCUCGCCAUGGACGCCUGCAUAAAUCUUGGCCUUUUGGAAGAAGCCUUGCUUUAUGGUCACAGGACUUUGGAGCCCUACAGGGUUUAUUAUUCCGGCUUCCAUCCUUUGAGGGCCGUCCAGAUGAUGAGAGUGGCCAAACUCCAGUGCAGUCACGACUUGUUUCCUCAGGCCCUGGAAACCUUGAAGGAGGCUUAUGAUAUUAUGAAAGUGACCCAUGGGACAGAACACAGCCUAGUGCAAGACUUGAUGAUGCUCAAGGAAGACUGUGAGGCUGGCCUGCCAUUAGAAUGAAGAAGACCUGCAAGAAGGGGAAUGGAGAGAAGACAUGGGAGAAAGACAAUGUCUCCCUACACAAUCUGUAGCUGUCAAGAUCUCACUAAUCAGAGAACAGUUAGGAAAAGGAGACAGUUGUUUUGGUGUGUAACCUGUACAUUGUUACUUCUGCUAAUUCUUCAAGGGACCUUUCACACCAGUUUCUUGAUAUUUCCACCAGAAGUAUGCUGUCUGCAAAACAACGUGUUGACAAAGAAACUUGGACAGUUCUUGGUAAAAGUACAAUAUACUAUUAAUGAUGUAGAAAAUGAAAAUUCUGGAAAUGAUUUUCUUCAUUUAUCAUGGUAGUUAAGGUACCCUUUAUAUGUCAUGGUAACCAAUAUUAAACAAAAAUAAAAUCUUAUAUUCAAA